CCAGUCUAUGGAGGAACAUAACUUGCUCGAGACAAACGUAAGCAUGGUUCCGAAGAUGGAUUUUCGGCCGCUGUUGCGGUUAAAAAUGCAAUAUAUUCACAACGCUGCCGUGAAAUCAUUGUGUCCACCGGUGAGGUACAAAAGCACGACAGUAGCAAACAAAGAGAACAAAGAAAACAAUUGUCCUGAAGUCGACGCAAAGCCGUACUCAAGUAUCCCAUCUAAGGCCAAACUGCCUUACUUAGGCCAUUUUUUUCACGGACUGGCUUAUGCCAAGAAAACUUACAAAUUGACAGAGGAUUGGUAUCAGGACCUUGGUCCAAUAUUCCAAAUCAAGAUAAUGAAUUUAGACAUGGUGGUGAUUCGUGAUCCUGAUGACAUCAAGCAGCAUUUCAGAAUGGAGGCAAAAUAUCCACAGAGACUGGAGUUUAAAUCGUGGCUUCAUUAUAGGGAAGUUCACGAUGAAGAACUAGGCGUCUUGCUUGCGGAUGGUGAGAAGUGGCACGUGCAAAGGCGAGCAAUCAGUCCAUAUAUGAUGCAGCCGCGCUACGUUGCAACCUACACGCAUGACCUCAACGACACGGCUCUGGACGCUGUAGACCUGCUACGCCAUGAGAGAGACACGCGAGGUGGCGGCAAGGUGGUGCCCCUCAUGAGGGACCUCCUCUUCAGAUGGGCUCUCGAAUCAAUCGGGGUGGUACUAUUUGGCAAGCGAAUCGGUUGUUUGUCACUAGAGGGCAGUACAGACCCUGACACGGAUGCUUUCGCCCACGCUGUAAAUGAUAUGUUUACGACGAGCGAACGAGUCGGUUUUCUUCCAUUGGCGUUCGUAAAGAUUUUCUUCCGUAAGGAUUUUGCGAAGCACAUGGCAUGCUGGGAUACGAUCUACAGAGUGGCAAAGAAGUACAUUGAUGCCCAGCUGAAUGCGAUUACGGAGGAGGGUAGUAAGGAUGAGGAAGCAGGCGGGCUUGUCAGGCAGUUGGCUACGAACAAGGAGCUCACCAUUAAACAAGUGUACGCCACCGCUAUAGACGUCAUGACAGGAGCUGUCGACACGACGACGACCGCAUUGCAGUGGUGCCUGUAUGAGCUUGCUCGCAAUCCAGAUGUACAGGAGAGACUGUACGCAGAGUUGGUCAGGGUUGUCCCAGAUGGCAGGCGGGAACAGAUCACUCAGAAACACCUUAUCGACCUUCACUAUCUGAAAGCAUGUGUUAAAGAGACCCUCAGGUUGUAUCAGAUAGCUGGAGGAUACAGUCGCGUAUUGGAACAAGAUACCGUGAUUAGGGGAUACAAGCUCCCUAAAGGGACUGUAAUAGCGGGAGCAACGCCGAAUCUCUGCCGGGAUUCAAACUACUUUGAGGAUGCGGGGGAAUUCAAGCCGGAGCGUUGGCUUCGGGAUGCUUCCGGACGGAAGCAGGAGACUCAUCCCUUCGCAUACCUGCCUUUCGGAUUCGGCACGAGGUCGUGCGUCGGUCGCAGGUUCGCGGAACUGGAGAUGCAUCUUCUCCUGGGGCAG